UUUAAAAUUUUUUAUUUAUAAUCUGAAUCACUUUUAGGCAAAAUAUUUAAUAUGACUGCUACACCAGUCCUUAUCCAAGGAUGGAACCUUGAUAGGGUUUUAGGUUCUGGAGGAUUUGGUAUUGUUGAACUUUGGACACAUACAAGUGGUGAAAAGCUGGCAAUCAAAAUAUGCAAAAGAGAUACCACACACUUAACAGAUAUUCAACGAAAAAGCUGGAUUAGUGAAGUACAAACACUGAAACAUUUAAAACAUCCAAAUAUUAUUAAAGCUUUAAAUUUACCAUUUAAACAUCCUGAUGAUAAAAUUAAUCUACCAGUAUUAUGUAUGGAAUUUUGUAGACAAGGUGAUCUCAGAAAGGUUUUGAAAGUGGUAGAAAAUUGUUGUGGUAUUAGUGAAAAGGAGGCAAUUAAUGUAAUGAAAGAUAUUUCUUCUGCAGUAAAAUACUUACAUUCCAAUAACAUUACUCAUCGUGACUUAAAGCCUGAAAAUAUAGUUCUACAAAAUGAACAUGAUACUAUUUCAUAUAAAUUAAUAGAUUUAGGAUAUGCAAAAGAAAUUGGAGAAGCUAGUACAAAUACAUUUACAGUAAGAACAUUAUUAGAAUAUGUAGCUCCAGAGAUAUUACGGAAAGAUAAGUACAGUUGUUCUGCAGACUACUGGAGUUUAGGUAUUCUUUUUUAUGAACUUAUCACUGGUAUAACACCAUUUCUGCAUAGAAUGCAACAUACUAUACCAUGGCUGCAUCUUAUUAGCAACAAAAGUGAUGAGGAUAUCUGUGCUUUUAAAUCUGAAGGAAAGAUAAUUUUUAGUCAAGAUAUUAUUAGCCCCACAAAUUUAUCAAAAAAUCUUCAAAGUAAAUUGGUAGAAUGGUUUAAGGUUGUAUUUCAAUGGUGUCCAGAAAAGAGAGGAAAACAGUAUUAUAAAAAUGGAACAUCGAAAUUGGUGGUUUUUGAAAUGUUAGAUUCUAUAUUAUCAAAACAGAUAAUUCGUGUGUUUUUUGCAUCAACAUAUAAAAUUUAUGCAUAUGAAGUAACCAAUGCUGAUAAAAUUACAGAUCUACAAGAUAUGAUUGAAAAGGAUAUUGGUAUACCAGUAAAUCAACAAAUAUUAACAGAUUAUUUUGGUAAAAUUCUUACUGAAAAUCAAAUACCACUUUUAUCACAAAUUCAGAAUCCUGUUCUAUUUGUCUUCAAAAAUGAAAGUUCUUUAAUAGAGAACAUACCUACACCACAUAUUCCUAAAGAAAUACUAGAAAUGAUAGGAUUGUCACAAAACCAAUUGGAUUUUGAAACAUUAGAAGAUUAUUAUAGGGUAACAAUAUAUUUUAUUAAACAAGAAAUAUAUAUGUUUCAAUUGUAUAUUUUUGCUGCAAGUAUAAAAUUAGAUUUAAUAAUUACAAAACUUGAUACUUUUAAUAUGAGUAUGAUGAAUACAUUAACAAAUAUAAAUACUGUUUUAAGUGAAUUAUCUUCAGUUCGUAUUAAAUGGGAAAAAGAUCCUAUAAACAAAGAAAAAUUGACAGUUUUGGAAACUAAUCAUGGAAAAAUGAUUAAACUUGUUGAGGUUACUAAUCACAUAAAAUUAAAAUUUAAUCCACUAAUGUUAGAAAGCAGUAAAUUAAAAAGUACAAUGCAAUCUAGUGAUUAUCUUAAAGAUAUGUUUCAAAUAUAUAAUAAAGCUACAAAAAUCUAUGAGUUGCACGAGGCAAAAUAUUCUCAUAAAAGUACAAAGCCAGCAGAAAUGGUAAAAUUAAUUUUUGAAUUUUUGAAAGUACAAGGAACACAAUUUUGUAAUGAAGAUAUUUCUAAAAUUGUGGAUAAGAUAACAAAGCUGGAAAUAGAACUCCUAAAACUGGAAACAAUUUUUAAUUCAGUUAUUGCCACGAGGAAGAUAUACUGUAAAGAAAUUCAAAAUAUAAUACAACAUAGUUUUAAUAAUAUAUCUGAUAUUUCUGAUAAAAAAUGUUUAAGUCUACCUAAUACUUCACAUGAAACUACGAAAAUUUUAUCAGAUAACAUGAAAGUAUCAAGUGGAUUUAAUAGUGAUCAAUUUUCAAAUACGUCUUGUACCAAACAUAGCAAAAUUAUGGAAACAGGGAGUGAUGUGAUAUAUGAUAAUUUAAUGUUACGUUUCACACUAGAUAAUCUUUUGAUAACAAUGCAAAAAAAAUAUCUGGAACUCCUUAGGUUGGAACCAUAAAGAUAUUGUGAACUGUUCUUGAUGCUCUUGGAACAUAAUGUCGCACACCCCAUUUAAUAUUUGCAUUUUUAUCCGUUUUGAGAUAUGUAUAAAUAGGACCACUUGAGAUGUUUUUUGGUCCAAUCU